AUGAAGAAGCUGAAAAUUGUUCUAUUGGGUAAGCAAGGAGCAGGGAAGAGUGCAUCAGGAAACACUCUUCUGGGUUGUCGUCCAUUUCACACGGCGGCCGGCUCAGAGCGAGUCACUCAAGCCUGUUCAAUGAGAAUCUCCACUGUAGACGGACAAACAAUAGAAGUCAUUGACACUCCUGGAUGGUGUGAUUCUUCUGAAACAAAGCAGGAAAUCAUCAACUACAUAAUCAUGUGCAAGCCGCAUGUGUUUCUCUUGGUGCUGCCUAUUGACAGGUUUAUCAUUGACGAGAUAAACACAGUCAUGAAUAUCCUGAAGGAGUUUGGAGAUGAAGUCAACAAAUACAUGAUUGUGCUGUUCACCAAAGGAGAUGAACUGGAGGAUCGGCCCAUUGAAGACUACCUGAAGGAAGUCCACCCAGAUCUGAAGAAAAUCAUUCAGAUAUGUGGAGAAAGAUAUCACGUCUUCAACAACAGAGACAAAAAAGAUCACCAGCAAAUCUCCUCUCUUCUGAAGAAGAUCAAUGACGUGGUGGAGAAGAAUGAAGAAAAAUGUUACACCAAAGCCAUGUAUGAAAAGAAUAAGACUGGACAAAAACCUGAAGCAGAUAAUUCAGUCUCAGAAAAUGAAAAUGAUGACCAAGGAAGCAGUUGUGAUGCUGAUGAAAAAGAGAAGGAAAAAGGAGAAACAGUGGUUGACAGAAAGGAGUUUGAAAAGUUAAAGAAGAAUAUAGAUGAGCUAACUAAAACCAUCCAAAAUACUGAGCAGACAUUCAUCAAAGACAUGGGCCAGUGCAAGAAUGACAUGCAGAAACUGGAAAGAGAGCUGAAAAAGAUGCAAGUAGAUCUUGUCAAAACAAAGAAUGAACUAGAACUACUGCAACAGAAAGUAUGUCAAAAUGAACAAUUACAACAAGGACAUGAAAAACUUAAGGAGAUGCAAAGUAAAUCAAAGUAG